UAUGAGAAGUUGUGCGUCAGUUGUGAAUUAACCCUACGCUAGUGAAGGUGUUUUGCCGCGUUGUCGUGUGGGUACGUUUUCCUCCGAAAAGAUUCUUUUGCUGUACCAAAUAAAGUUGUUAAACUUUUGUGAUCUUCCUUGUUUCUCGUGCGUUUCGGGUAAUAAAUAAACAAAUAACCACAAAUAUGGCAAGCAACCGAGCCACCAAGUCAGGAUUCGCCGCCGAAGCACAAAGAAAAAUCAAUUCAAAAUACAGUGAAGAAUUAGCCCAGGAGUGCUUAGAAUGGAUUAAGGAAAUUACAGAAGAACCCAUCAACACCUCCGGUGAUAUGGAUAACUUCUUUGAAGUUUUGAAAGAUGGUGUUCUCCUAUGUAAACUGGCUAACUGUAUAGAAGCCGGUUCAGUUAAAAGAAUCAAUCAGAGUAAAAUGGCAUUUAAGUGCAUGGAAAAUAUUACCGCAUUCCUUGAUUCAGCUAAAAAAUUCGGUGUCCCAACACAAGAAACAUUCCAAAGUGUCGAUUUGUGGGAACGACAAAAUCUUAACUCAGUCGUUAUUUGCUUACAAUCGCUAGGAAGGAAAGCUCACAACUAUGGAAAACCAUCAAUUGGACCAAAAGAGGCUGACAAAAAUGUCCGUCAAUUCUCCGAAGAGCAGCUGCGUGCUGGCCAAAACGUCAUCUCCCUACAAUACGGUUCCAACAAGGGAGCAACGCAAAGUGGCAUUAACUUUGGCAACACACGGCACAUGUAAAAUGUUUAUACCAUUCCUAAAGUACUUAUAUACACAAAGCUAAAAUGAAAACAAUCAGAAACAUUCCAAAACCAAGGAAAUAAAACACAAAACAAGACGAAACAUAAACCUGAAUUAACAUUCUUGGCAUUCUGCUGAAACAAAAGACCUCUAUACACGUUUUCUAUUGAAUUUUUCAAAACGUUUUUUUUUUCUUUAUGAAUUUCAAAUACACCCUUUUACGGAUAUGUACUACAUAAUUUACUUCCAAUUAGGUGACAAUACAAUUGAUUGUAGACAAAUCAAUGUAGAGGUGCCAUUGAGCAUUUAUAACGUUCGUAACCUUGUAGAGUAACGAGAAGAAAAGUAGAUAAAACUAAAAGUAAUUCUUGGGAUCAAUCAAAUUAUGUGAAACUUCCAUACAUCCUCUGACAUACAUUUACAACAUUGACCUGUCUCUGCCUUUACUCUGUAAAUAAGUGAUGCAUUUAACUAAGAAGCAAAUAUAAAAGUUUAAACAUAUAAUUUGAAGUGAAUAAUAGAAUAGUUUAAGCGCAAAAUGGCCUUUCAAAUUUUGUCAAAUUAAUAUAUGAAGAUUAUAUUUUU